UGACAAUCCCGUUUGAAAAGGUCGUUAGUCAGGGGUUGCCGUGGAGGUUGACGUGAAGUAAAUAAGUUGAAGUUUGCAGGCAAAAAACGCACACAGCUUGAAUCAACCUGCCGUUUCACAUCUCAAGAUCCUUACGCAGUGAGUAGCUCACAGAAAGCAAAGAAUAACAACAGUCAAGAUUAUAGAGUAGGCCCUGGUGUCGUAUCGAGCGGAGAAGAGUACGCUGUAAAUUGCUAUGGAUUCAGCUGCCCUGCCUGGACUAGGUAGUUAGAUCUAUAACUAAUAAACCGCCGGCAUCCAGCCCUAAUAAACAAACAAACAAUCCUGGGAUUUCCGCCGCCGCAAGCUCCGACACAGCUCAGCCUCACCACCAACCCCGACACGGUCACAGAACCACCAGGCAUCGCUUUUCUCUCUUUCUCUCUCUCACACACCCCUCCCUUCUAUUCUCUACAGUAGGGAUGAGCUCCUGAUUGACUGUUAAAUUGUCAUUCCUGUUUCACGUCUUCUUUCGCUUUGUCCGUCCUACUUUUUUGACCUUGUUCCUGGCAGCUAAGUUAGUUAGCUAUCUUUCUGCCUUAUUUUUACCCACGUCGAUAACACAAACGAGCAAGCGCAUUACAUAUUUACCCUCAUUCAUUGACCAGAACGGCUAUCUAAUACCUAACACCCUACAGCAAAACCGUUUGUAUAAUUAUCGCUAUCGUUUUACGAGCGAAUAACGUACUAAAGCGAGCGUAUUCGGUUUGGGAUACAUAUACGGGGUGGAGAACAUACCAGCAGUUUACAAGACGGCCAUUAGGAGGGGCUACACAGACCACUUUAUAUACCAUACCACAACAUACAGUUAGCCCUUCAUUAUGUUUGGGUCACUUCAGUUCCCUAGGGUGAAGAUGCUUCUUCAUGCCUUCCAGGGCUUCGUCGUGUUUCUGGGCUGGGCCCUUACCAUCGGCGUGUUCACACAAAAGGGAAGCACAGAUGGUCGGACGGCGUACUAUUUUGCUCUGUGUUGGAUCACCGCCCCCGCCCUUAUCUACCUAGCCGCAGUGCCCCUAUGGCCGCGAACACGAAGGUUCGGCAAUGCGUAUGCUUUCGCAAUUCUCGAUGUGCUAUUCGGGAUCCUCUGGUUUGCUUCAUGGGUGGCUGUUGCAUCUUACGUCGCCGCAGGCAAAAGUGGAGGAAAUAAAGAUGAUGACGAGGAUAAGGAGAAAGAGGGCAAGAGUGGCUGCGAUGCGUUCAAAUUUGGCACCCCCGCAAAGUGCAACCUGAGCACAGGAACUGCCGUCUUAGGCGUGAUAGUAUGCCUGCUCUUCUGCGUUACCUCUUACAUGUCCAUCCGCAACCUCUCAGAAUACCGGCGCAGCGGCACCUUGCCCUACGAAGGCUCUUCUUCCGACCCCUCAUUCGCCGCCCACUCCAAAGCCGCCUUCUCCUCGAAUCCCGCCCACGACUUCGAAGAUGAAGACGACCGGGAUGCCGAAUUCCGCUCCGGCCGACGCUCCACAGAAGGAACGGGCGGCGGACCCUCAUCAUCAUCCCUCGGAUACCGCCGAGACCCAGACGACGAGUAUACGCUACUACAUAACAGCGAGGCGGACGAUAUGGGCGGAGUUCCGCAUGGAGCAGCAGCAGCACCCCCCAUGUAUGACCCCACGAGGGACCACGAUGGUGGUGUAAAUAGCACCCCCCUGCCGGGCGCCAGUGAUGCUGGUCGCAGUAGCUAUUUGCAUGAUUAUGAUACCAGCUAUACUGGUGCGUAUGGGGCUGGGCAUCGAUCACAGGCGUCGGGGAGUUUUAAUGAUCGGUACGCGGAUCGGUAGGGGUGGGUUGUAUUGGUUGAUUGAUCUGAAGUGAAUAAAAUAUAAAAUGAUUUUCUAUUUUGUCUCUUCUCUUUUUUUUUUUGUGCUGCAGGUGUCUUCUUUUCUUGUCCCCCUUAAUAUAUAUGUUACGAGUACACAACCCCCCGCCGGAAGUGUGUUUUAAUUUUCUCAUGUACGUUUUAACGGAUAUGCCACCAUUUUGAAGCGCUGGUUGUAUCUUCCAUUGUUGGUUUGCGAUGUCCAUUUUCUACUGAAGUCUGAUUUUCUUUUUUCUUUUGUUUUAUACCGGAAGAAAUGCGAGCGACAGUGAAAUGGGUGAAAGGGGGGAAAGAAAAAUGAUUGUCUCCUUUCUUUGAGGUCCAUAUUUUCGUUCAUGCUCUGUGUCGUUUAUGCUUAUGUUUUUCGGUUUUAGCGUACGUAUCUUGUUCCCACGCGAAGCAUGUAUGUAUGCAAUAUACCCAGGUACAUGUGCAGUACCUACUUUUCUCCCAUUUUGCUCUUUGGAGGGAGGAUCUGACGAGUUUGUUUUUUCCAUUCUCAAGCAUAUCUGGCAUCUUGUUUAAAGUUGAUAGGAAAACUCAUGAGGAUUGCAUGAAAGUAUUCCAAAAGGAUAGAUACCAUUUCAGAAAUUCAUAGAUCAGGGGGGAAAGCCAGGUUGUCAGAUCUUUUUAUUUCUAUUAACUGCUCCAGGUAACUUCACAACAUGUUCAUUCGCAACUCAAUCAUUUCCGUGUCCGUAUUUUCACAUAACAACUCUACCCACACAGGUAAGUAGGUGCCUAGUAAAACAAGCUC